AUUACUCACGAAUUCGAUAAAUCAUGGGAGUCUAUACUAUGUAACAGCCUAGCAACUUUUGUGAUCAGAUUUCUUAAUUUAAAUUUUAUUCGAGCAAAUUAUAAUCCAUCGUAUCUUUAGACUUCAUAUCUGUUUCCCAGAAACCUUUUAGCUCCUACAAACUUUGAAAAUUAUUCAAACUCUUAUUACAAAUCUCAAUUUUUUUAAUUUGUUCAAAAUUACAAAACUCUUUUUAUAUAUUAUAAAGGGCUAUUGCGUAGAACAGUAAGAUUGUUUAAAGGUUGGGUAUUGUUAUUUAACAUUUACACCCAAAAAAAAGUUGGGUAUUGUUCCUUUUCAACUGAAAGUGUCAUGGUCAUCAACCAAGCAACAUACUAAAACAAAGUAUUUCAAACCUUUGGAAGAAAAAAAACAAAUGGUUUAAGAGAAUGUUGUGGUAUGCUUGAAUUGAUAUGGGGAAUUGGAAUGCCUCAACAUUCUCAUAACUAGCUACACUUGUUCGACACACUACAAUAUUUGAUAUAUAAUAUUUAAAAUAUGAAAACUACAUAUACACACAGCCAUUGUAAUAUAGUAUAGCUGUUGUCUAGUGAUAUCAUCUUACAUUUCUUGUACAUAAUGUACAAAGCAACAAUUUCCAUACCGGGAAUUUGGUUAAAAUUAUUCACAAUAAAUUGAUUCAUUCAUCUUUUUAAGUCGAAGAUCUGGGAUUAAACCUGAAAACCAAAAUUCUUCUUCAAACAUAGUAAGAAAAUUAAAGCUCGAAAUAUUGACUGUAAACCAAGAUUAAUUCACUGGAUCGUCCCCAUGUAAUAAAUAAAAUAUGUAUGUAUCAUGACCAUAUGGUCAUAUAUGUACUUAUAUGAAAGGAAUAAUUAUAAAAUGGUGAGACAUGAUCAGACUUAAACAGUGGAUAGAAACAACUGCCUUAACGAAUUAUCAUCUUUAUCACUCAUACUCCAAAAUGAAAAAAAAGACAUUCAUAUGAUGAAUUUUCUUUAUGUAAUAUAUUUUCAACGUAGACAGAUACAAAACAAUAAAAGCUGAUGAAGUAAUAAUUAGAAGAGAGAAAAAUUGAAAAAGAAUGGAGUUUGUUUUCGUCCAAGCAAAAUAUGCCCUAACCUUUCUAAUUCCCUCAUUUGUCCCUUUCCUUUUUCAUGUUUAUUUCUAACUUCUCUGUCCCUUUCAAUCCUUCUCGACCAGAUAUCCUCUGAUUCGAUCUCCCCACACUAUUUUAAAUACAAAUAUUUUUUUCACUGAUAACUCAAUAAAAUUCCCCAAGAAGAGUAGUUCUAGUUUAAACAUAAUUAAUUCUUAGCAAAAAUAUAAUAACUAAAAGUUAUAUAAUUCUAUAACCACAUCCUUAGCGUAGCCUGCUUAAUAAGGUUAACCAUACUAAUGAUGGUCAAAAUUAACCCAUCUUUAAGUAAAUCGAAUAAAACUUGUUUCUUCUUUUCGUAUAUUGAAAAAACAAUACGGAACAAUAUACCUUUUACAUAAGAAUUUCCUUCCUAAUUUUAACAUUUUACUCGAAUAUUAAUUCAAUGGAAUUUAUGUGUCAACUAUACUCACUCGUGUAUCACAGUUUUUUCUCAUAUACUACAAAUUUUUCUACGUCAUAUAUUAUGUAUAUAUAGUCAUAGAUUUUUCUUGUAUAGUCAUGAUCGACAUUUUCAUUACCAUAGUUUUACUUAGUAAAGAUUUUAUAAUUCGUUUCCUUAUAUAUAAUUAUGAAAUAGACUUUAAUUUGUAUCUGCGAAAUAAAAUUUACGUACACAUGCAUAAAAGAAUAAUAUUGAAUAGCUGAUCUUUGAGAUUUUGAAAAGCUUUUAUUGGGUCCCCCAUCUCUGUAUUAUAUAACUCAACACUCUCUCUAUAUCUCCUACACACAAAACCUAAAAGAUCUUUUGCUUUAUGGUUCUUUUCUUGGUAAAAUAAAAUUUCUUAUCAUUGUCUUCUUCUUCUUCCGAUCUACUCUUCAUUUUGAUCUUCAAAUAUGGAGCCAGCGCAACAUCACCAUCAAGCCGACCAAGAAAGCGGCAACAACAACAAGUCCGUCUCUGGUGGUUACACGUGUCGUCAAACGAGUACAAGAUGGACACCAACGACCGAUCAAAUCAGAAUACUCAAAGAUCUUUACUACAACAACGGAGUCCGGUCACCAACAGCCGACCAGAUCCAGAAGAUCUCUGCAAGGCUGAGACAGUACGGAAAGAUCGAGGGAAAAAAUGUCUUUUACUGGUUUCAAAACCAUAAGGCUCGUGAGCGACAGAAGAAGAGAUUCAACAGCACAACCAUGACCAUACCAACGUCUUCAUCGCCCAACUCGGUUAUGAUGGCUAGUGAUCACUAUCACCAUAACCAUCAUCAUCAUGGCGUUACCAUCCAGAGACCUGCUUUGGUCAACGUUAAGCUCGACCAAGAAAAUCAUAUGUUUCAUCAGAACAGAUCAUAUCCCAGCUUCAAUAACGGGAAUAUAAAUCAUGCAAGUUCAGGCACGGAAUAUGGUGUUUUCAGUGCUUCUAAUGGCUACAUUAGUAGCCAUAUCUAUGGACCUAUGGAACAAGACUGUUCAAUGAGCUACAACAACGUAGGUGGAGGAUGGACAAAUAUAGAUCAUAAUCACCAUUACUCAACUCCAGCCUACAACUUCUUAGAUAGACCAAUGCCUCUGUCUGGACUAGAAGGUCAUCAUCAAGAAGAAGGAGAAUAUGGUGGCGAUGCUUAUCUGGAACAUAGACGCACACUUCCUCUCUUCCCUUUGCACGGUGAGGAUCACAUCAACGGCGGUGGUGGUUCCAUCUGGAAGUACAGACAAUCGGACGGUUGUGAUCGUUAUGGUAGAGGCCCUUGUGCUUCUCUUAAGCUGUGUCUGAACUGAACUCCUAGACCAGCGUCGUA